AGUGCUAAGAAUCAACAGUGAGUUAACAAGCGCAGCUCAGGGUGCGCAGAACCAUUUAUUAGCCAUAUAAAGGGAGUAGGAGCAUUCGCGCCCCAUUCACAAGUCCGACGCCGCUAUCCCCGCCGGUAGCUUGACAACUUACCCCAACUUUCCUGCGAACUCAUAUCUGUGGACUUUAGUUUGGAACACGAUGAAAUUGUUUCUGUACGUCGGUGCCGUGAUGCUAAUGUGCGAUGCGAUCAACGGGUUUUUCUUGCCGGAGUUGGGCCGUGGUCGUCAAAGAAUAUCGACCCGCGGCGUUUCGUGGUAUCAGAGGGGCAGGCGGGUUGAAAGGCCUACACACCGAGUAAUAGAUCCUAACGAAGACUGUUUUCUGAUGACAUCAGACGAGGGAGAAAUAUUUUUCAAGUCGCCAUCAGACGAGCCAGUUGUGUGCGGCAUUUACAUGAUAGCGGACCCUGAUCAACGAAUCCAGGUUACGUUCAAUUAUCUGGACGUGCCCUGCGAGAAGGGAGGAUUGGUUGCAUGGAUCGACGGCUGGGAGUUGAACGGGCAGGUGUGGCCAGCAGACUCCUGGGACGAUGACCGGGUGGUCGAGUCCUGCGACCGCCGCCCGCCACACAAGCUGGUGGCGCGUCAGAACGCGGCGCUGAUCCAGUACCGUGUCCCGGCCAGGGGCAAGGGUUUCGCUAUCACUGUGCGUCAUCUAAAAAAUCCGAGGCCUUGCAACGUGAUGAUGUUCGGAUCAGAGGGCAUCUUCACCCUUCGCAACCACGGCGCUACCGGCAACUGCUCACUCAUCACCAUAGCCCCGGCUUCGGUGCGCGUGCUGGACCUCAACGUCGGGCAGGCGGUCAAAACCCACUCCCUGCUUGACUUAGAAACCGGGACCAUCAGUCAGUGCAAAAAGCGGGGUUUGCCAGACUUCGUGGACAUCGGAGGCGCCGGGGGGCUCGACCACACCAAGAUGGAAGUCUACGAUAGCGUGUGUGGGCUCGAUUCCAAAGAAGCACGCCGCCCGCUACUCAUCGCCUGUGAAGACACCGUGGUGCGACUGGUUUCCAGCGGUCGCUUCCACAACUCCGUGACCCUGGCCUUCAACCCUCUCGCUGCCGAGGACAUCGAGCACGCCGACCUGAUCUGCGGCAUGGACGCCAUGAACGAGGUGCCCGAUAUCUAAACCGACCGACGUGAAACCUGCUUGAGCCAUGGCACUGUAUUGUUAAGUUACAGUAGCAUUUAGUUUGUUAAG